AUGUUAACCAUUGAUGCUGAGCUAAAAGAAUAUGUAGGAGACUAUCCGCUCUUAACAGCACAUAGAGCUUUGAGUCUUAAGGAUAAGCUGGUACAGAGUGAAUAUAGUAGGAAAAAACCUACAUCCACAUGGCUGAGUGAAAGACGGAAAACCAAACCUGACGUGAAAGACCGAGUGAGGGAGCAUAGGGAUGAUAUCAAGAAUAAGGUGCAAGACAGCCCAGUGGCCAGGCACUUUGAACGGUAUCACAACUCAGAUUUUACAAUUAUGAAAGUGACAGGGAUACAACACAUCAAACAGCACCGCCGAGGAGGUGAUCCACCUCAUGCAGGAAAGCUAUUGUCUGUUUUAAAGCACAUGCCUCAGAAGUAUGGUCCUGAUGCAUUUUUCAACUUUCCAGGAAAAAGUGCUGCAGCUAUUGCUCUACCUCCAAUAGCCAAAUGGCCAUAUCAGAAUGGAUUCACAUUUCAUACUUGGAUAAGGAUGGAUCCCAUAAACAACAUAAAUGUGGAUAAGGCUAAACCAUAUUUGUACUGUUUUAGAACAAACAAAGGACUUGGCUAUUCGGCUCAUUUUGUUGGAGGCUGCUUAAUUGUCACAUCCAUAAAGUCCAAGGGAAAAGGCUUCCAACACUGUGUGAAAUAUGAUUUCAAGCCGCAGAAGUGGUAUAUGGUUUCAAUAGUCCACAUUUACAAUCGGUGGAAGAACAGCGAGCUACGGUGUUAUGUGAAUGGUGAAUUGGCAUCAUUUGGGGAGAUAACCUGGCUUGUCAAUACAAGUGAUACCUUUGACAAGUGUUUCCUUGGCUCAUCUGAGACAGCUGAUGCUAAUCGAGUAUUUUGUGGGCAGAUGGCUGCAGUGUAUCUCUUCAGUGAAGCUCUCAAUGCUGCACAGAUCUUUGCAAUUUACCAGUUAGGCCCAGGUUAUAAG